UGGGGCUCACACCCCAUGCUCCCCUGGCUCCAGCAGAGCAAGGUCACAGCUACUGGAUGUCUCAGCGUCACUUCUAAGGACCCUGCAUCAAUCUGCCAAAGCCAGUCUACAGCCUCCUGCCAGUUUUCCCAGCACUCAGGUUUACACAGACCUGCUGACCCAUGGAGGCCACCAUCCACACUGCUUCCGGUUAGACUCUGCCUCCCAACUAACGCUGAGAUCCACCGGAGUGGGAGUCCUCCCGCCUAUGUCCUACCCGGGAUCAGCGGCCUCUUCGUCAGCUCGGAGAAAAGAUGGAUCAUGUGAGUGGGACUGAGAGGUUUAUGGAGAUGAGCUCCCGCGGCUGUAAAUCACCCUGCCCUCCCCGGUAUAAAGCGCCCGUCCUGCCCGGCGUGGGAGACAGGACCCGCUCGCCACCCCCAGGCCCCCAGCUCAGCGAAGGCUCCCGGCCCAGCCAGUGACCCCUCCAACCUCCUCCAGCCACCCCUGCCAUGUCUGAGGAGGUGGCCCCGCACCCCAAAGACAGCGCCCCUGCGCCACGGGCAGGCCCCCGCGAGGUGUGGAAGAAGGGCGGCCGCCUGCUGUCGGUGCUGCUGGCAGUCAACGUGCUGCUCCUCGCCUGCACGCUCAUCAGCGGCAGCGCCUUCAACAAGGUGGCGGUGUACGACACCGACGUGUUCGCCCUGCUCACCACCAUGAUGCUGCUCGCCGUGCUCUGGAUCCUCUUCUACCUGCUGAGGAGCGUGCGCAGCCCGGAUGCCGUCCCCUACCAGGACGCGCACGCCGGGCCCAUCUGGCUCCGAGGUGGGCUGGUGCUAUUCGGAACCUGCACUCUCGUCAUGGACGUCUUCAAGACUGGCUACUACUCUAGUUUCUUUGAGUGCCAGUCUGCCAUCAAGAUCAUGCACCCUAUCACCCAGGCUGUGUUUGUCACUGUCCAGACUUACUUUCUCUGGGUCUCCGCCAAAGAUUGCAUUCACGUCCACAUGGAUCUGACCCGGUGUGGUCUCAUGUUCACACUCACCACCAACUUGGCCAUCUGGAUGGCUGCCGUGGUGGAUGAAUCCGUGCACCAGGCCCACUCUUACAGCAGCUCCCACAGCAACACCAGCCACUCUCGCCUCGCCCCGGACUCGGAACGAGCUGGGAACUCAGGCGGAGGUGACUGCUCCUGCAACACAGCCAUCUGCCAGAUCUUACAGCAGGGCUACUUCUACCUGUACCCCUUCAACAUCGAGUACAGCCUCUUUGCCUCCACCAUGCUCUACGUCAUGUGGAAGAACGUGGGCAGGCUGCUGACCGCCACCUCCAUUCACGACCAGAGCCAAGCCCCGCCCCGGGCCAGCCUAUUCCGGGAGACCUUCUUCAUUGGCCCGGUGCUGGGCCUGAUGCUCUUCGUGGUGGGGCUUGCAGUGUUCAUCAUCUACGAGGUCCAAGUGAGUGGGGAGGGGAGCCGCACUCAGCAGGCCCUGGUCACCUACUACAGCUUCAACAUCAUCUGCCUGGGACUCAUGACCUUGGUCAGCCUGAGUGGCUCCAUCAUCUACCGUUUUGACCGCCGGGCCAUGGACCACCACAAGAACCCCACGCGCACCCUGGAUGUGGCCCUGCUGAUGGGUGCUGCCCUGGGCCAGUACGCCAUCUCCUACUACUCCAUCGUGGCCGUGGUGGUGGGCACACCCAAGGACCUGCUGGCAGGGCUCGACCUCGCCCAUGCUCUGCUCAUGAUCGCCCAGCACACCUUCCAGAAUAUGUUCAUCAUUGAGAGCCUCCACAGGGGCCCGCCCGGGGUUGAGCCUCAUGAUGCUCUCCCCAAGGAGCCCUGCCAUGGCCUCACCUUUGCCAACUUGGAUGCCCUUCACACCUUGCCCUCCUGCCCACCCACCCCCAGAUUAGUAAGCCCCAGCUCAGCUGGCCCAAGAGAAGAAGUAGCCAUCACUGUGACCCCCAGGGGCCACUGGAGAAGCCGGUGCUUGAAAGACAUUUCUCUGUUUCUGCUGCUUUGCAACAUCAUUCUGUGGAUCAUGCCCGCCUUUGGGGCCCGCCCACACUUCAGCAACACAGUGGAAGUAGAUUUCUAUGGCUACUCCCUCUGGGCUGCCAUCGUCAACAUCUGUCUGCCCUUUGGCAUCUUCUACCGCAUGCAUGCUGUCUCCAGCCUGCUGGAGGUCUAUGUGCUGUCCUGAAGCUCCCGGCAGAGCUAUGCGGGUGAGGGGCUUGACUUCUGCCCCUACCCAGAGGCCUCUGGGGCCAGAACUCACUGCCGCAUUACCACCCACUCCAUCCCACCCUCUGCUGGCCCUAGAGUGGAAUUUUCACAAAAGCUAUUUUUCCAGAAUGAGUUUUUCAUCUUCAACCAGGACAUACCCACGCACCCCAGCAUAAUCCUGGGGCAUAGGGCAACUAGGGGUGGGGGGAACCUCUCUCUGUACUAUUUCCAGGAUUCAGAAAGACCUGGAAGUGUCAGCAGCCUCAGCUCCAUCUCUGAUCUCAGUACUGUGGCCUGGCCUAUGCGGCUGCCCAGAGCUGGCACCAAUAAACCUGCAGCUUGUCCUCCAUCCCUCUGCUCUUGUCUCAGCCACGCUAUCUGGGAUGCUCACAGGAGAGGAUGUGGGGAGCUAGAGCUCCGGCUACCUGAGUAGGGCCCUGGGGGAUUUUCCAGUGACAAGACUGUUCAUGGGUGAUCAAGCGAGAAUCAAAGACAAGUUAGAAAAGCAGGUACCUGCCUUGUAGAGCACUCACUUUACCGGCCACGAGGGCCAGGCUUGUGAUCCUGGCAUCACAUGGGAGCACCAUGCAUGGUAAGUGCUGUGGUCUCAGUCUCUCUCUCUCUCUACCCCCACAUCUCUCCCCCUCCCCUUUCUAUCUUAAAUUAGAAGUGGAGAAAGAGUCCAUCAGGAGAACUGGAGUAGCACAAAAACCUCAGUGUGCCAAAAAAGAAGAAAGUUCUUUUCAGCUUUUUUUUUUUUUAAGUGAGUACCUGAAAGGGACAAAGUAUCCAGGCUGCUAUCCUCCUAUCCUUUCGCUUCAAGCACCAGGUACAUUUUUAUGUGUCCCUUGAUGCAUUAAAAGUUAGGAAGGAUGAUCUAGUCCAACCACCAUUUUACAAGGAAGGCAACUGAGGCCCAGAGGAGAGACAUAAGUCCAAGGUCACACAGCUAAAGAGAACCAGAAUCUUCCUACUAGAAAUAAAUACGUUUCAAAGA